CUUACGGCGGCGGGUGCUGAUUGGCUGCGGCUGGGGGUUUCUGUCUGCUUCCCGUUAACGCGGAGGGUUAUGGGGCAGACCCCGGGAAGUACGGACCGGUGUGAGGCGUUGGGCACCUUUGUGCCCCAGGGGUCUGCAAGCUGGGAAUUGGCAGAAGUGAAAGGAAAAGAUCAAAGGUGAAUCGUUGUUGACCACAUGAGUCUAUGGUGAGGUAAAAGUGAGCGGGAGGAUGUUACAUCAUCACUGCCGCAGAAAUCCUGAGCUGCAGGAGGAGCUCCGGAUCCAGGCCGCAGUGGCUGCUGGAGAUGUACACACUGUGCGCACCAUGCUGGAGCAAGGCUACUCCCCUAACGGCCGGGAUGCCAAUGGAUGGACUCUUCUUCACUUUUCAGCGGCACGGGGGAAAGAGAGAUGUGUACGGGUGUUCUUAGAACAUGGGGCGGACCCUACAGUGAAGGACUUGAUAGGUGGCUUCACAGCGUUACAUUAUGCCGCCAUGCAUGGAAGGGCACGAAUUGCACGCCUCAUGUUGGAGUCGGAGUACCGCAGUGAUAUCAUCAAUGCGAAGAGCAAUGAUGGGUGGACACCCCUGCAUGUGGCUGCCCACUAUGGCAGGGACUCUUUUGUCAGGCUGCUUUUGGAGUUCAAAGCUGAGGUGGACCCAUUGAGUGACAAGGGCACAACUCCUCUGCAACUUGCUAUUAUCCGAGAACGAUCCAGCUGUGUAAAGAUCCUCUUGGACCACAACGCCAACAUUGAUAUUCAAAACGGGUUCCUGCUUCGCUAUGCUGUGAUAAAAAGCAACCAUUCAUACUGCCGCAUGUUUCUGCAAAGGGGUGCUGAUACAAACUUGGGGAGGCUGGAAGAUGGGCAAACUCCACUUCACCUCUCUGCCCUGCGGGAUGAUGUUCUCUGCGCUCGCAUGUUGUACAAUUACGGGGCAGACACGAACACUAGGAACUAUGAAGGUCAGACACCACUGGCCGUAUCAUUAAGCAUUUCUGGAGCUAGCCGGCCUUGCUUGGACUUCCUACAGGAUGUAAGAAGGCAGCCAAGGUUUCUGCAAGAUUUAUGCCGGAUUAAAAUACGCCACUGUAUAGGACUACAGAACCUCAAGCUACUGGACGAGCUCCCUAUUGCCAGAGUCAUGAAAGACUACUUAAAACACAAAUUUGAUGAUAUCUGAGUGUGCUUUCCGCGGCAGAAAAGACUUUUUGAAUAAUUCUAGGUGUGAUAUUCCAGAAGUGGGAAAGGCUGUAUUGCACAAGUAUAUCCUAUGCAAUUUCUGAUAUGGGAUGGAGUCAGAAGGCAGAUAUACACAUUUCAUUUUAAUAUUAUUUCUUUCCCUAUUUUAUGUUAAGUGCUAGAAAGGUCUUAAAUUUUUAGGGUGUUUGGCUUUUUUUUUAUUUAAUUUUUUUUUUUUUUUUUUUUAAGUAUCA